UAGGCUAGUGUUCAAAGGGUCAACCCUUUGCCAUGGGCCAAAAGACCUUUCUUCAAACAAUCUUCCUUUGGGAUUAUCCACAUCAUGCUGUGCUCUUGAGAGGUGCCAACGUGAGGAUGUGGAGACAAAGAAAUCAGGGCUCUCAAGGAAGAUUUCAAAUAAUGGCAUUUCUAAUGUCCUUAUUAAUGCAGAUGCCUCGGGCAGUGUGCAAGGGCACUGUUUCUAAAUUCUGUAUCAUUCAACAUAUUUCUGUUCUUUACAAGUAUUAUCAGUCUGGAGAUUUCAGUAUCGCUGGCAUUGUCUCUCAGGUCUACACAUUUUCUGAUCCAAUUGUGUUCAGCAACCAUCCCUCCACAAAGGUGAUUAAUGAACUGAUCCACUUCAGCGUGAGCGGGACCUACCUUGCUUCUAUGGAGCUUCUCUCUUCUCAGAGAAGAUCGAUCCCAAACUACAAGUGCGGCUUUGAGAUAAAUCCAAUAGCAGCCAUUGGGGGACCUGACAUAUGCGUGCACAUGACCCACAUUCUGAGCCUCUACAAAUUUCCCCAGCUCACUUAUGGCUCUGCUCCACUAAUGGACAACCCAAGCCAAACCAAAUUUCUCCAGCAAAUGUUUCCCAACGGGGCUCUGCAAGACAGCAGCAUUCUCCAGUUGCUGCUGCAUUUCAGGUGGACGUGGAUUGGGGUUCUUUGUGCAAAUGAUAUUUACGGAGAAGCGUUGGUACACGAUGUACUCCCUGGGUGGUCCCAGCAUGGUAUUUGUUUUGAGUUCAUAAGAAGAUUCCCAGCAGUGACUUUUUCUGAUGGGUUUGAAAGUGCGAUAGAGAAAGAAUCUGAACUAUACAAUCUUGUCAUGCAAAGCAGAGCCAACGUCAUGGUCUCAUUCGGUGAAAUCCACACAAUGAUACUGUUGACAUUGAUGCACGGGUUUUCUGAUGUGGAGGACACAAAAAGGAAAGCAAAUGUCUGGAUUCUUUCAGCCCAAAUGGAUUAUGCAUCCCUUUCUUUUCAUAAGGAUUGCAGCAUUGAUUUUCUCCAUGGAGCAAUCUCCGUAGCCGCUCACUCAGUGGAGGUGCCCGGAUUCCGGGAAUUUCUUCAGACCCGAAAUCCUGGAAAAGAGGAUGGCUUCUUCAGGUCCUUUUGGGAGCAUGCCUUUGACUGCCAGUUCCCUAGUGCCGAUACUGAUAGCCAAUCUGAGGUACCCUGCACUGGGGAGGAGAAAUUGGAGGCUCUUCCUGCCUCUGCUUUUGAAAUGGCCAUGUCUGCUCAGAGCUACAGUAUGUACAAUGCUGCCUAUGUUGUGGCACACACUUUGACAUCAAGGUACUCUCCCAGAUCCCAGAAGAGAAUCACCGUGGAUGGAGGGAGUGGAAAGCUUCUGAAUCAAGAGUCAUGGCAGCUCCACUACUUUCUUAGAAGCGUCUCAUUCAACAACAGUGCCGGAGAAAGGAUUUCCUUUAACUCAGAUGGUGAACUGAUAGCUGGGUUGGAUAUUAUCAACUGGGUCACAUUCCCAAACCGGUCCUUUCACAGAAUCCGAGUUGGAAGAAUAGACCCUACGGCGCCCCCAGACAAAGCGUUCUCUAUUUCAGACCAUUCAAUCAUAUGGCCCAGGGACUUUAACCAGACACUCCCCCUUUCCUUAUGUAAUGAGGAAUGCCAUCCAGGUUAUAGGAAGGCCAAGAUGGAAGGGAAGCCAUUUUGCUGCUACGAUUGCCUUCCAUGUCCUGAAGGGAUAAUUUCAAAUCAGACAGAUAUGGAAGAGUGCGUUGAGUGUCCAAAAAGCCAAUAUCCAAAUCAUAACCAGGAUUCGUGCAUUCAAAAAGAGACCACUUUCCUGUCUUAUGAAGAACCCAUGGGAACCACCCUGGCCAUUGUUGUGAUCACUUUUUCUUUCCUCACAGCUUUGGUACUUGCUCUCUUCAUCAAGCACCAGGAGACUCCCAUAGUCAAAGCCAACAACCGGAGCCUCACCUACACUCUCCUCAUCUCCCUCCUGCUAGCCUUCCUUUGUGUUUUACUCUUCCUUGGGCAACCAAAUAAGCUGACCUGUCUUCUUCAGCAGCCUGCUUUUGGCCUCAUCUUCUCAGUGGCCAUUUCCUGUGUGUUGGCCAAAACCAUCACGGUGGUUCUCGCUUUCAUGGCUACAAAGCCUGGGUCCCAGAUCAGGAAAUGGGUGUGGAAAAGAAUAGCCAGCUCCAUUGUUCUUUCUUGUUCCCUCAUUCAAGCUGUGAUUUGUGUUGUGUGGCUGGCAACCUCUCCCCCUUUCCCAGAUAUUGACAUGUACUCAAUGCCUGAGGAGGUGGUACAGGAGUGUAACGAGGGGUCGUCCACCAUGUUUUACUGUGUCCUGGGCUUUCUGGGUUUCCAAGCCAUUGUCAGCUUCAGUGUGGCCUUCCUAGCUAGGAAGUUACCAGACAGUUUUAAUGAAGCCAAGUUUAUCACCUUCAGCAUGUUAAUGUUCUGCAGCGUUUGGGUGUCCUUUGUUCCCACCUACUUGAGCAGCAAGGGAAAGUCCAUGAUGGUUGUGGAGAGUUUCUCCAUCUUGGCCUCCAGUGCUGGGCUGCUGGCUUGCAUCUUUUUCCCCAAGUGCUUUAUUAUUGUUAUGAGGCCUGAGUUGAACUGCAGACAGCAGCUAAUGAAAAGGAAGCAUUAA